AUGAAAGUAGCAAAUUGUUUCCUAACAUUUGUUUUUGUGCAGGUUACGACGGGGAUUCCGACAUCGAGGAGUCAUGGUUUUACCUCGUCAGACUUGCGGUCUGUUCACGCAUACGCUGCUCUUAGAACGGUUCCCCGGUGGCAGGCAGCGACUAGAGCGUUCGAUACAUUGUUUCAGACUGUCAUUAAUGACCCUAUCAACAUCUUCAUGACAAAUAUAUCGAACUAUGACAACGACCGGCUCGCGCUUUACACGUUCGAGUCGGUUGUAAAAUUCCUACGUUGCUGGACGAACGUACGACUGGCUUCAGCGCCGCCUCUCGCACUUGCCGACAAGGCGUAUUUGUGGUAUCAACACAUACGAUCGCACGGUGACCCCGUCUCUAAAAAAUUUCAUACCAUCAUUACGGCGAACGAUUCCGCCCCCAAGCCGCUUAAAGAUUUAAGCCGGGACCUUUGCGAGACGGACUCGAUUCUCUUUGGAGCCACAGUGGCAGUUUGCCGUAUUAUUGACGCCAAACUUCCCAUGGCUGGACGCGCUACUACACAAAGUAACGCCAUCCCAGCCUGGAGAAAAAGAAUCGAGGACCGUAUCGCAAAGGCAAGGGCCCUUAUCGGCAGACUGACAAGCUUCAGGUCGGGUAAUAAUAGACCGAGGAUUGUGCGCACCGUAAGGAUGGCGUUUGCUGAUUUACAAACUGAUCAUUUGUCCCAGCCGGAUAUCACGCAGAAACUAACGGAGCGCAUAGACGACCUGAAGCAAAAGAUUGCUGCUUGGGGGAAGCGGAUUCGACGAUUUUCCGAGGGGUCAAGGCGGUUCAACCAGAAUCGUCUCUUCCAGAGUGAUCAGAAGAGGCUCUACAAAUCAUUGGAGCGACCAAAGGUAUGUGGAGCGGGCCAAGGAACGGACCAGGCUGACAUUGUCGCAUUCUGGCGUGGCCUGUGGUCAGAGCCCGUAAACCACAGCGAGGGCCCUUGGAUGGAAGUUGUGGCGAGCCAGGGUGCGAGUGUUACGCCUGUGGACCCCAUCACCAUAACGCCAGAAGACGUGGCUGAGGCGGUCCGUAGGGCCCCGAACAGGAAAAGUCCGGGGCUCGACGGGCAUCUGCAUCAUUACUGGCUGAAGGGGUUCAUAGUGUGUCACGCUGUGCUCGCCCGACAGUUUCAAGAGGCUCUCGACCAGAAGUCACUCCCGAGCCUCUUCACUACUGGGAUCACUCACUUGGUUCCUAAAGACCAGGAUACCACAGACCCGAGCAAAUACCGCCCCAUUACGUACAAAAGAAAGAGAACUCAUGAUGUCAGCAAGCGCGUAUCUAGAAUAGAACAGCAGCUGAAAGCCACACCGGUCAUCGAAGCACGUAUCUCUGAAUUAGAAACUAAACUGGCUGAAUUUGAACAAAAAUCUCGAAAUUGUAACAUUGAGAUAAGUAAUCUGCCUGAAAAACGAAGCGAGAACUUAAAUACAAUUACUGGAUAA